AUGAGCGCUAUUGCAUCCAACGAAGCGCCAAUCAUUGCACAGGCCGCCGUGCCUGCUGCUCCCCUCGCUGGCACCAUCGAUGAGAAGCGUCUCGGACGAGGCUCUAUUGAUGGCGGCGUCCAAGAGGUUCCUCGCACCUCGGCCGAUGAUUUCGACGACGACACCGAAGUCACAGAUGAAGAACUGCACACUCUUCGCCGAGUCUCCGGGAAGAUCCCCUGGCCAGCCUUCACCGUUGCCUUUGUCGAGCUUUGUGAACGAUUCUCAUACUAUGGCACCACCGUUGUCUUCGUCAAUUUCAUUCAACAGCCUCUCCCAGAGGGCUCAUCGACUGGCGCAGGCUUCGACGGCCAAUCUGGAGCCCUCGGAAUGGGUCAACGAGCCUCUACUGGCCUCGUCACCUUUAAUCAAUUCUGGGCCUAUGUGAUGCCUCUGGUCGGUGCCUAUGUCGCUGAUGCCCACCUUGGUCGUUACAAAACCAUUCAUCUCGCCAUCGUCUGUGCUAUUGUCGGACACGUCAUCUUGACCGCUUCGGCAGCUCCAAGUGUUAUUAAGCACAAUUCUGCAGCCUUGGGCACCUUCGCCGUCGGCUUGAUCAUUCUCGGAAUUGGCACGGGUGGUUUCAAAUCAAACAUUUCUCCUCUACUGGCCGAGCAGCAAACCGAAACAAAAAAGAGAAUCCAAACCCUCCCCUCUGGAGAACGCGUGAUUGUGGAUCCUAUGGUCACCACAUCCCGAAUUUUCCUCUAUUUCUACAUGUGUAUCAAUAUCGGUUCACUUGUCGGUCAGAUCGGUAUGGUCUACGCCGAGAAGUAUGUUGGUUUCUGGCUUUCCUACAUGCUUCCUACAGUCCUCUUCCUGGUCGCACCAGUGGUCCUCGCUGUCUGCAGGAAGCACUACGUUCUCACACCACCCACUGGAUCGGUCUUCGCCAAGUUCUGGCACCUUUGGACAUAUGCCGCCAAAGGUCAUUGGCACCUCAACCCCGUGGCGACCUACAAGAGUAUGCACGCACCUGGUUUCUGGGAUCGCGUCAAGCCAUCCAAUAUUCCUGCUGCCCAAAGACCAGCAUGGAUGACCUUCGAUGAUGCCUGGGUCGAUGAGGUCCGUCGUGGUCUCAAGGCUUGCGCUGUCUUCUUGUACCUCCCUCUUUACUGGCUCGCCUAUGGACAGAUGACCGGCAAUUUGACCUCUCAAGCUGCUGUCAUGCAACUCAAUGGUGUUCCCAACGACAUUAUUCAAAAUCUCAACCCAAUUUCCAUCAUUAUCUUCAUCCCAUUGAUGGAUUUUGUUAUCUACCCAGCACUUCGCAAAGCUCACAUCAACUUCACACCCAUCAAACGUAUUGCCGUCGGUUUCCUUCUCGCCAGUUUGGCCAUGGUGUCUGCUUGCGUUAUCCAAGUCUACAUCUACAGACUCUCUGAAUGCGGCACCCAUGCCUCCGACUCCGAUUGUGAGCCUGCAGAUAUCAACGUCUGGGUCCAGACCAUCCCUUACGUUCUUAUCGGUUUCUCCGAGAUUUUCGCAUCGAUCACCUCACUAGAAUACGCAUUCACAAAGGCACCCUACAACAUGCGAAGUUUCGUUAUGGCGAUCAACCUUUUGAUGAACGCUUUCAGCAGCGCCAUCGCACAGGCCCUCAACCCCCUCUCUGCCGACCCAUUGCUCGUCUGGAACUACGGUAUCGUCGCUGUUCUUGCUGGCAUCGGCGGUAUCGCCUUCUGGUUCAACUUCCGUUCUCUUGACAAGGAGGAAGACAAGUUGAACAUGCUCCAGGUUUCGGCUUACACUGGCAAGAGGGGCAGCAUCAGCGGGCCUUCUGUCCGGGAAUCAUUUGAGAACAAGGAGGUUGCUGGCACCACCGUCUAA